CCGCUCAUUGGCUCCGUGGGGCUGGCCGGCCCGCCUGUCGGCCCGAGACUGGAAGUACAGCAGGCCGGCUACGGGGCCCCUCGGCACACGCGCAGAUUCGGUCACCGGCUUCGCUUCUGGCUGCGGUGAUUUCUUCAGCCUUGCCUGUGACAAAUCCAGUUGAGACUCAAGUGUCUGGAAACUUCUGUCCCAUUGGUACCAUCCGCAACAACGAUGAGAAGUCAUUUAAGGUAGCAGAAGACUGUUGCUGCUCAAUUUCACAAGACUCAAUUCCUGUCUGAAAUAACGUGAUACUGCAGAAGGUGUUGAUACAAGUUCUGCCAGUGGAUUAAACAGAUGUUUAAAGGCUACAUCAUAUAGCAAAAUGGCUUGGACUUUGGCAAUCCUUAUGUGAUACACUUGUCAUGCUGUUUGAGUAGCUUACAGACUUCAAAGAUGGAAACAAUGAAGCUAAAGCACAAUAUUAAUCCAUUUCUUCUUUAUAUUAUAAACUUUGUAAUUUUAGUAUACACAUGUAUAACCUUUAUUCCAUGGUAUUUAUUUUCUGGAUCAAGAUAUGCCAUAGCCAAGUCAAAGCAGGUUAAAGCUAAGUCUGUGACUAACAAGCCAAGUAGUCCAUACAGGUCUGUGAACAGUCUGCAUUGCUUAGCAUCUGUAUUAUAUCCUGGGUGUGAUACACUUGACAAAGCUUUCAAAUAUGCUAGAAGUAAAUUUAAGGACAGAAAACUCCUGGGAACAAGAGAAAUCUUGAAGGAAGAAGAUGAAAUCCAGCCAUCAGGCAAAGUUUUUAAAAAGGUCAUCCUUGGAGAUUAUCACUGGCUCACAUAUGAUGAGGUUUUCAAGAAAGCUAAAACAUUUGGAGAUGGAUUACUAGUGUUGGGCCAACAACCAAAGACCAAUAUUGCCAUCUUCUGUGAAACCAGAGCAGAAUGGAUGAUCGCUGCUCAAGCUUGCUUUAUGAACAACUUCCAACUUGUUACACUUUAUGCCACUCUAGGAGGCCCUGCAAUAGUACAUGGAUUAAAUGAAACAGAGGUGACAACCAUUAUUACUAGCAAAGAAUUGAUGCAGACAAGAUUAAAGAGUAUUGCUUCCCAGGUCCCUCUAUUACGUCAUAUUAUUACUGUAGAUGGCAAGCCAACAUCAUGGUCUGAAUUCCCAAAAGGUGUAAUUGUUCACACUAUGGCAUCUGUUGAAGCUAUGGGGGAGAAAAUGGAAAAUAUAUCAAGCAACAAACAAAGGCUGAGACCCCUACCCUCAGACAUUGCCGUAAUUAUGUAUACGAGUGGCUCCACAGGAGUUCCAAAAGGUGUAAUGAUCUCUCACUGUAAUCUUAUUUCUGGGAUAACUGGGAUGGCUGAAAGGAUUCCUAAUCUGGGAGAAAAAGAUAUCUACAUUGGCUACUUACCGCUUGCUCAUGUUCUGGAAUUAAGUGCUGAACUUGUCUGUUUGGCCCAUGGAUGCCGUAUUGGCUACUCAUCACCUCAGACUCUAAGCGAUCAGUCUUCGAAAAUAAAGAAAGGAAGUAAAGGUGAUGUUUCUGCACUGAAACCAACUCUAAUGGCAGCUGUGCCGGAAAUCAUGGAUCGAAUCUACAAAAAUGUCAUGAGUCGAGUUAAUGAAAUGUCCAGUUUCCAACGUAAUCUAUUUAUAUUGGCUUAUAAUUACAAAAUGGAGCAGAUUUCAAAAGGCUAUAGUACUCCACUCUGUGACAGCCUCGUUUUCCGGAAAGUCCGGAUGCUACUAGGUGGAAAGAUUCGGGUCUUGUUGUGUGGAGGAGCUCCACUUUCUGCAGCAACUCAGAGAUUUAUGAAUAUCUGUUUUUGUUGCCCUGUGGGACAGGGCUAUGGCCUAACAGAAUCUUCUGGGGCUGGAACAAUCACUGAAGUUUGGGACUACACAACAGGCAGAGUGGGAGCACCCUUGGUUUGCUGUGAAAUCAAAUUAGUGAACUGGAAAGAAGGUGGAUACUUCAACACAGAUAAACCAUAUCCUAGAGGUGAGAUUGUUAUUGGAGGUCAAAACAUAACCAUGGGCUACUACAAAAAUGAAGAACGAACACAUCUUGAUUUCAUAGUAGAUGAGAAUGGACAGAGGUGGCUCUACACUGGAGACAUUGGGGAAUUCCAUCCAGAUGGCUGUCUAAAAAUUAUUGAUCGUAAAAAAGAUCUUGUAAAACUUCAAGCAGGAGAAUAUGUUUCUCUUGGUAAAGUUGAAGCAGCUUUGAAGAACCUUCCACUGGUAGAUAACAUUUGUGUAUAUGCAAGCAGUUUCCAAUCUUAUGUCAUUGCAUUUGUUGUGCCAAACCAUAAAGAACUUAAAGAGUUAGCACGAAAGAAAGGAUUUAAAGGAACCCUGGAAGAAAUAUGUAACAGUGCUGAAAUGGAGAAAGAAGUACAGAAACUUUUAGCUGAGGCUGCUAAGACAGCUAACCUGGAAAAAUUUGAAAUCCCCCUCAAAAUUCGGUUAAGCCCAGAACCUUGGACCCCAGAGAUGGGCUUGGUGACAGAUGCCUUCAAAUUAAAACGUAAAGAGCUUACUGCGUACUACCAGGGAGAUAUUAAUCGAAUGUAUGGAACAAAACUCAAAUAAUCAUUUCAUUUGUUCAUUCUUUUUCUUUCUUGCUUACCUUUUUUUUUGGUGCACCAUUUUCUAUGGUGAGCUCAGAUCAAAUAGGAAAUACUUGAAUCACAUGUCUCAUCACUUGGGACCAACAUAAACACACCUUUAAUCAUUUCAGCUUAUGCUGUUACUUCUGAUAACAUCUUUAACUGGCAGGAUUAGUAAAGUGUUAAGGCAGGAAA